AUGGACGCCCACGUGGACACGUUCAACGCGAUCAACGGUCUCAACGACGGCCACACGAUGUUUCAGUCGAGAUGCUUCUUCAGCAUGGUCACCUUCCUCCUGCCGCUCCCGCUUUUCGCGGUCGUGGAGGACGGCCAGCAGAUCGUUCGCGUCGCCACGCGCCGAUACCUGUCGUUAUUCAAAGGGAUCGAGGAGGACGCGAAGAAGCUCUGGGGUUUCGAUCUUUCCGCCUACGAGUUACAACAGGUACAAGCCAUAGAGGGCCAGCCAGCAGUGGAGUACAUAAAGAAGUGGGCGGACAAGCACGGCGGAAUGGUGCGCAACCCCAGUGCGCGCUUCAACAUGAUGUUUGCGGGGCUCGACGCAGAAGGGGCCGCCAGCUUGGGACAGCACGCGGGGGAGUUUGUUGUGCGGGAGCUGGUUCCAGAGAGAGACACGCUGCAGGUGUCCAUUCUGAGAGGCGGAGAACGUGAGUGUGCCAUGGAUAGCUGUCUCGCGCUCAAAGCCUUCAACGACUCGCACUCCUACUGGAACCUCAACUGCGCCAAGCACAGCGACAGCUGUCCAGGCAACGCUGCAAGGAACGGCAGCAGCGGCAGCAGUGGUAGUGGUAGCAGCAGCGAGGAGGCGCCGCCUCCUAUGUUAGAGCUUGAUGUGCUGAGAAUGCGACCCCAGUACCAGCAAUACCAGCAGCCCCACAGGCGCCAGCAGCAGCAGCCACAGGAGAAGCAGGAGCGCAAGGAAGAAGCAGGGCCGUCAAGCAGUGAUGUGCAGAGCAGUGACAAGGUUGCACCCAGGAUACUGGCUGGCGGGGAUGGGGCAGCGAUCACCAUGGAGAAGGUGUCUGCUGACGAUGCCUACUACCUGGUGUAUCUGGUGAGCAACCGCACGGCAGUGAUCGUGCUGCACACGUUCUCCGUGGACAGGACCACGCAAAGCAAGCUCGCAGUCACCAGGCCUGGCCUGGAUCCCCUUGCAUACCUCAUUGGGGAGAUUUUCAAAGCCAUGUAUGCUGCCAGGAGGUAA